AUGCCUCAAACCGCGCGCGCUGCUGCCCUCGGGGUGGCUCUCUCCAUCCUGCUUGUGGCGACCACGCUACAGGUUGCCGCCGCUGCCGCCGCGGCAGCACCGGUCUUCGCCUUUGCAGGCUUCACAGGAAAGCUCUCCAGCUUGGCGCACGAU